CCGAUAUCGCCGUCGCACCGCCACCGUCAUGGGAAAGCAAAAACAACAAGCUAUUUCCCGUUUCUUCGCCCCCAAACCAAAGCCAUCUUCUUCCCCAACGUCAACUUCGCCUCCAUCGUCACCGCCGCCGUCGCAAUCACCUCUACCGAAUUCAUCAACACCUCCCCCUAACAUCUCCGCCACCGUCACAUAUUCUCCUCUUAAACGCCUUCGUACCUCCCAGCUCAUAUCCCCGAUCAAAAAACCCUCCAAAACCCCCCGAUUAUCCCCCAAUCCCGACCUUGCGGAAUCUUCUCGAACUAAACAAUCUCCACCCAGUGAAAACCCUAAACCCUCUUUGUCGAAUCCCACUCUUCACGAAAAGUUUCUUAGCAAACUUCUAGAACCUUCUGAAGAAGAUACAGCUAAUGUUCUUACUGCAGAUGCUAAGGCUCCAUUAAACCCCAAAUACACCCCAUUGGAGCAGCAGGUAGUAGAGCUUAAAGCUAAGUACAAAGACGUUCUUUUAAUGAUUGAAGUUGGUUACAAGUUUCGUUUCUUCGGUGAAGACGCUGAGAAUGCCGCUAGGGUUUUGGGAAUCUACGCACACAUGGAUCACAAUUUCUUGACAGCUAGUAUACCCACUUACCGAUUAAACGUCCAUGUGAGGAGACUAGUAAGCGCAGGGUACAAAGUGGGCGUUGUUAAACAGACCGAAACCGCAACAAUCAAGGCUCACGGGUCAAAUAAAAUGGGUCCAUUUUGUCGUGGAUUAUCAGCAUUGUACACAAAGGCCACACUUGAAGCAUCUGAAGAUGUGGGUGGAGGAGGAGAAGAAGGGUGUGGAUCAUGUAAUAACUAUUUAGUUACUGUCGUUGAAAAUGUAAAUGUUGGCGACGACAAGGGGAAUAAUGAAAGUGGAGUUGAUGUGAAAAUUGGGAUUGUUGCUGUUGAAAUUUCAACUGGAGAUGUUAUUUUUGGAGAAUUUGACGAUAACUUGCUAAGAACUGGGCUUGAGGCUAAGAUAUUGAGCUUGUCUCCUGCUGAACUGCUUCUUGUUGAUCCCCUCUCUAAGCUAACAGAGAAGUUUUUAGUGGCAUACGUGGGACCCGCUUCAAAUGUCCGGGUGGAACAUGCCUCUAGAGACCGCUAUACAAAUGGUGGUGCACUUGCUGAAGUAUUGUCAUCUUUUGAUAAAAUAGGUGAUAGCCUUCUAAAUGAUACUCAAAAGGAAAAAACAAAAUGUCAUCAUGCAACUGAGGCGAUUAUGGGUAUGCCUGAUUUAGCUGUUCAAGCAUUAGCAUUGACCAUUGACCAUCUGAAACAAUUUGGUUUUGAAAGAAUUUUGUGUUUGGGAGCUUCAUUUCGCCCUUUUUCCAAUGAUUUGGAGAUGACACUUUCAGCCAAUGCAAUGCAGCAAUUAGAGGUUUUGAAGAACAACUCUAAUGGAUCUGAAUCUGGCUCAUUGUUUAGCUGUAUGAAUUACACUUUUACCACAUUUGGCUCAAGACUUCUCAGACAUUGGGUGAGUCAUCCUUUACGUGACAAAAGCAUGAUCAGUGCACGUCUCGAUGCUAUUUCUGAGAUUCUUGAAUCAAUGGGUUUUUCUAAAGAUUUUAAUGAUGGAAGACACACUGAUGUCAAUCUUCAUCAACUUCUUAGUUUAGUUCUUACUAAUUUAGGAAAGUUACCUGAUAUUCAACGUGGAAUUACUAGAAUCUUCCAUCGAACUGCCACAGCAUCAGAGUUCAUAGCAGUUAUUCAAGCCAUCUUAGUGUCUGGAAAACAACUUCAGAAGCUUCAAGUUGAAGAAGACAAUGAAGUCAACCAUGUGGAAAAGACCAUUCAGUCCCUGUUGCUAAAAAAGUUGAUUCUGACUGCAUCAUCAUCCAGCAUAAUUUCCACAUCAGCAAGGCUGUUGUCUGCCUUGAAUACAGAAGCUGCUGAACAGCGUGACAUUUCCAAUCUGUUUGUUGUUUCUGAAGGACAAUUUCAAGAGAUUGCUACAGCAAGGAAUAAAGUGAAACAAGAAAAAGAUAAGUUAGAUUUAUUAAUUAAUAUAUUCCGCAAACAACUGAAAAAUCAGAAAUUGGAAUUCAUGAGUGUGUCUGGGACAACACAUUUGAUAGAGUUACCAGUAAAUGUAAAGGUACCUUCGAACUGGGUGAAGGUUAACAGUACUAAAAAGGCAAUACGCUAUCAUGCACCGGAGGUAUUAACAGCUUUAGACCAUUUAUCAUUAGCAAACGAGGAGCUUGCUAUUGUGUGCCGUUCAGCUUGGCAGAAGUUUCUAGAAGAAUUCACAGGAUUCUAUCAAGACUUUCAGAGUGCUGUUCAAGCACUAGCAUCCUUAGAUUGCUUACAUUCUCUUGCUCUACUUGCAAGAAAAAAGGAUUACACUCGCCCUGUUUUUGUUGAUGAUAAUGAACCUGUUCAAAUCUGUAUAUCAUCAGGUCGUCAUCCGGUUAUGGAGACAAUGUUAGAAGAUAAUUUUGUUCCAAAUGAUACAAAUUUACAUUCAGAAGGAGAGUAUUGUCAAAUUGUGACGGGACCAAAUAUGGGUGGAAAGAGUUGUUAUAUACGACAGGUGGCACUGAUUGCCAUCAUGGCACAAGUGGGUUGUUAUGUACCUGCCAAGUCAGCAAAGCUCCAUGUAUUAGAUGGGAUCUACACACGAAUGGGAGCUUCUGAUAGCAUCCAACAAGGAAGGAGCACGUUUCUAGAAGAGUUAGGUGAAGCUUCUAACAUACUUCACGCCUGCACAAAUCGAUCUUUAGUGAUUCUUGAUGAGCUUGGGAGAGGCACUAGCACGCAUGAUGGUGUAGCCAUUGCUUAUGCUACACUGCAGUAUCUUGUAGAACAAAAAAGAUCCAUGGUGUUGUUUGUGACUCAUUAUCCAGAAAUAGUUAAUAUGACAAAAGGGUUUGGUGGGCGUGUGGGGUCUUACCAUGUUUCAUAUCUGACAUCUUCGCAAAAAGACGAAUCUAACCCUGGUUGCGACUAUGAAGAUGUUGUUUAUCUUUAUAAGCUUGUUCCUGGUGUUUCAGAAAGGAGCUUUGGGUUUAAAGUUGCACAGCUUGCACAGAUACCUUUGUCGUGUAUAAAUCGAGGGAGUGAGAUGGCAGUGAAAUUGGAGGAAGUGGUGAGGGACAGAUGUAAAAGCAGGUUGGCAAUGGCAGAUAAGAAUUUACAGGAAAUAUUUUCAAAUUUGAAUUUGGCGUUUUUGGAAGAUGUUGAUCCUGUAAAAAGCUUAGAGUGUUUGAAGCAUGCGAGAAGCCUUGCACUUGCAUUGAGAAAUUAGUAAAAUGAGUUUUUCAUUUUGUUUCUGCUUCUAAUGUUCUUGUAAGGCGCUAGUUCUAUGGUGGUUGAGAUGAUGACGUAACUUGGUGUGAGAGUGAUCACAUCACAUAUAUUUAUCUAGUCAAAACGUCUUUUACCAGGUAUAAUCACCUUCUAUUUGAAUCGGAAUCUGUUAC